CUCCGCGCACACCCCUGCCUCUGCUCGCGGCCGUGGUCAGCACCAAGCUGACCCUCCCUAACCUACUAGCUCACGCCCCUUUGUCCUGCCUGGCCCCUCCCCCUCCCUCUCCCUAGGGCACGUGGGCUGGGGUUGAAAACUACAUAAACGAGCCAAUCCCUGGACCGGGGCGUCACCUUUCUAAACCUAGAGUUGAAGGAGAAACAGCUGCCUACCCUGCGUUUUGGGGAGGUCUAGAUAGAGCCCGAGGGCUUUGCCCUUCCCGAUCUGCCGCUCUACCUGCUGUCCUAUCCUGGGCACCACCCCCACCCACCCACCAGCGAGCACAGCUGACCAUUCGUUCCUUCUGUGUCCGUAGAUGGCUACCAUGGGUCAGUGCUAUUACAACGAGACCAUCGGCUUCUUCUACAACAACAGUGGUAAGGAGCUCAGCUCCCACUGGCGGCCCAAAGAUGUGGUCGUGGUGGCGCUGGGGUUGACGGUCAGCGUGCUGGUGCUGCUGACCAACCUGCUGGUCAUCGCUGCCAUCGCCACCAACCGCCGCUUCCACCAGCCCAUUUACUACCUACUGGGUAACCUGGCGGCCGCCGACCUCUUCGCAGGUGUGGCCUACCUCUUCCUCAUGUUCCACACCGGCCCGCGCACAGCCCAUCUCUCCCUCAAGGGCUGGUUCGUGCGGCAGGGCCUGCUGGACACAAGUCUGACCGCGUCGGUGGCCACGCUGCUGGCCAUUGCGGUGGAGCGGCACCGCAGCGUGAUGGCCGUGCAGCUGCACAGCCGCCUGCCCCGAGGUCGCAUCGUCUUGCUCAUUGUGGGCGUGUGGCUGGCUGCGCUUGGCCUGGGGCUCCUACCUGCCCAUUCCUGGCACUGCCUCUGUGCCCUGGACCGCUGCUCACGAAUGGCGCCCCUGCUUAGCCGCUCCUACCUGGCUGUGUGGGCCCUGUCCAGCCUGCUCGUCUUUUUGCUCAUGGUGGCUGUCUACACCCGCAUUUUCUUCUACGUGCGGCGUCGUGUGCAGCGCAUGGCCGAGCAUGUCAGCUGCCACCCCCGCUACCGUGAGACCACACUCAGCCUGGUCAAGACUGUGGUCAUCAUUCUGGGGGCAUUUGUGGUCUGCUGGACGCCAGGCCAGGUGGUGCUGCUCCUAGACGGUCUGGACUGCAAGUCCUGCAAUGUUCUGGCUGUGGAGAAGUAUUUCCUGCUUUUGGCCGAAGCCAACUCGCUGGUCAACGCUGUGGUGUACUCGUGCCGCGAUGCUGAGAUGCGCCGUACUUUCCGCCGCCUCCUCUGCUGCCUGUCUCCCCGCCGGGGCACCCAGGACUCCGACCGCUACACACCUUCCAUCCAGGCUGGGGCCAGCACUCGUAUCAUGCUUCCUGAGAAUGGCCAUCCUCUGAUGGACUCCACCCUGUAGUGGCGUUGGGCUUCAACAGGAUGCACCCAGCACAGCCCUCGUGCACGGGCAGCCACAUGGUUCACCUGGCUCCAUUCCGUCAGUGGGACAGACUGAUUCACGGUCUGACUGGACACAGCACCACUUGUCAGCCCACCUCAGACAUAUAUCUCUGCCCCAGAGCGUGGUGGUGGGGCACCUGGGGGAAGAGUCAGAUGGAGGCAGGAGUCUGGCUCUUCACUCAUCUCAGGUUUGGGUUUCUUUUGGAACAGACAUCGCUCUAUUUUUAUACUACAUCCUCAGUGAGCCCCAUGCAGUACAUAAUUUGGGUGUUCAGGGUGGGGAGAGGAGAGAUCUCCCAGGUCACAUGCAGCCCAGUCGGAAAGGGUGACAAACAUGAACUGUGAACACACCAUCUGCCUGGUGCUGUUUAGGGGUGCAGGCUGGAGUUACUGAGUGCAAGCUGGGAAAACAUGUGUGACCCCUUGCACCCUUGAGGUACUUGCUUGUCCCCAUUAGAGUUGAGAGGGACCAUGAGGAGGGCAUGAUAUAUAAGGAGUAAACCCUUUCACACCGAGGUCCCUAAAAUGUU